AUGCUGCCUCCGCUGUUGUAUUGACCGUUGUUCGAUAACCUUCAAGAAGCAGCCACACAGCUGGCCUUGAGCAAUGACCAAUCAUGCCAGAAACUCGCAUUGGCCACACUUAGCCGAACAUCAGCUGCGAAUCCUCAAUGGUGGCAAAGAACGUUAAGGACAGCGUUAGAGGUCCCAUCGCUAUCACACAUAAGCUCGUCAGAUGCUGGCAGCUCUGUGGUGGUACAUGAAGUGGCAUCAACACUGCUGACUCUUCGCCAAGCUCAUCCGGAACAGUUCUCGGUGGAUGUACAAUCCCUCAUGCCCGGUGAAUUAGGGUUAGAGUUGCUGUCCAUUCUGGAAAAUUACAAAUCCCGAGCAUUGGACAAGCAGCUGCUGAACAUGUACGACAAGAUCCGGGUAGCGCAACAGCAACAAGCGUAG